CGAAUCGCUAACCAUACUGACGUCAGUCCAACAUGGCGGCGCACAUCGCACGUCGUUGUUAUUUACUAUGUCUCCGGGCUGGAGAAAACGUGGUUCCACAGCAAAAGAAUGUUGUAAUAAGACACAUUAACACAAAUUGGCAGCAGAACGUGGGUUACAGGACGCGAGGGACAGACUCAACCGAGGACGUCCGGGUGCACAUUCCAGUGGACCGCCUGAUGGUAACUUACAGCAGAAGCAGUGGGCCGGGUGGUCAACAUGUCAAUAAAGUCAGCACAAAAGCAGAGGUCCGAUUCCACGUGCUUACAGCCGACUGGAUCCCUGAAGAUGUUCGACGGAACAUCUUUGAAAAGAACAAGAACCGCAUCAACAAAGCCGGGGAGCUUCUGGUGACCUCGGAGCUGAGCAGGAGUCAGCAGAGAAACCUUUCUGAUUGUAUCCACAAGAUUUCUGCCAUUCUGGCCGAGGCCAGCGAGAAGCCGUGUGAGCCAACGGCAGAGGACGUGGCUCUAAGGGCAGCCAGGUUAGAAAAGGGGAACAUGGAGCGACUCAAACAGAAGAAGAUCAAUUCAGCUCUCAAGAAGAGCAGACGAGUGGACUUUGACUGAUUGACUGUUACGUUUCCACCUCCAACGACUUUACUGUCAAUAAUUACACAUCAUUUUUAUGUCCAGUGUAAAUUAUUUUGUCUUUCUGUUCCUAUACAAUAAAAGCAAGUAGAAGCAUUUUCCUUUAAAUACCAGAAAUAGACAAAACAGUAAUAAUUGUUCUCUUACUGUUAACAGUUACUGUUGGCUGGUGUUAACUGCAUUCUUUGACACAUCGGAUUGUUAGACAAUGUGUAACAAUGUAAUAAUGUUAGUUGUAUUGCACUUGUUAACAUGUUUAGUAUGCUCGAGUGCCUGCUUUAUCUCAACAACGAGGUCAUUUUCCUACAAGAAUAGAUAAACAAGAGCUUAUUAAAUGUAGACAUCGAAAUAAAUGUAUGAAUACAACAACAAAUAACAUGGAAAUAAACAAACGCAUUUACAUGUAAAA